AUGGCCCUGCGCACUUCCGCCGAUAAUGCCGAGGACGUGGCCGCGGGUUUCACCAUGUUUCGCGAUCCUCUCCCCGAACAUUCUACCGAAAUCACUGGUCUUAUUGCCGAUCUAUAUUCCAUUAGCACGUCUCUUAAGAAGCUGGAGGACCUGACAAGAAACCGGUCCUAUCGUCACAACUAUGCCGCUGCCCAUCCCGACUUAGAACUAGUCCGAACUAGUUUAAAGUAUACACUGGAGGAUAUCGUCGACUUCUUCGGGGAUCUAGAAGAGCGACCGGCCUCUAGUCGAGAUACCUACAAGCGUACAUGGUUACAUCUAUGCACUUAUUUUCGGGAAGAAUCACAAGAUUCAUUGUCCACGCGCUUGGCCAAGUAUAAGGCAUUCCUGAAUGAAUUGGAUGAUUUUAUGAAAGACAAAUAUCCCGAUGUAAACCUCAUGUCCAGUCUCCGCAACAACAUCAAAUCCCUCUAUAUACAACAAAGCAAUCGUCUCAUACCUCAGCUGGGUUCCAUCUCGCUGAGCACGCCGUCCACUGUAAGCAGCAACAGUGCCGAUCCGGGGAGCCCUGUCAGCGAUCGCAGACCUCGCAACCGAAGGUCGUAUGAACGGCAGAGGCCUUCUCGGUCAUCUCCACAAACGCCUCUCUCUCCAUCGUCAGGAACCUCCUCGGACAUUCCUCCAUCAGUACCCGAUAUUCCGGGCUCUCCUCUCACAAGCUCAGCCACAAGCAACUCCUUGAGUUCCACUUUUCCUAGCGAUCAUUGGGCCCGAAGAGUGUUUCUGGAUGAGCACCCAAAGACUCAUAUCCCAUACGUAGGCGAAAGCUCUAAAUGCCUUGGGGAUAUAAAGCCUGGAGCUAGGCGAUGGCUGCACGAGGAAGGAUUUGAAGAACUGGUCCAACUGGCUUUCAACGGCGACUCUGAACUUCACGUUUACUUCUACCAACGUGAAGAGGACCAUCGAGCGCGCAUUAUGUGCAAAACCCCGCGGGGGUCGAGGUCCAAUGAAUAUUCCUGUCUUCCUCUGAACAUGCUGGAGAUUUUCCGGGUCGGCUCUUGUUUGCAGUUGUGUCGGCGCCGUCGUGGAAAGUAUGAUCUUGAGUUGUGGGCCAACCUCAAGUUCAGCACUAUCGAACAUAUGGUGCUUUUCUUUUGCACCUUCUUGGCCCUUCGCUCCCAGGAUUGCCACAAAACCGUGGAGCGCAUUCGUGACUACGAGCUAGACGACGAAGAGGAGCUUUUUGGAGGGCAAAUCGUCGACGAUAAUUUCCUCCAUGCCUUGCGCGUCUAUCGGGACAACAUUUCAGGGGCCGUCAGACUCCAGGCGUCCGUACAUAAAGGGGAAAUGAAACGAGCACCGGUAUGGACUGCUUUUAUCACGCACAACAUCGGCAGUCGAGGGUGGAUUCGGCGUAUGGACAGCAAAGUUGUGGUAUUGCGUGAACUCCACCCUACCAUUCUCACCAUUUCAGAUUAUAAUGCCCCCCGAACAUCCAAAGGGGAGCACAUUUUGAAAUUCACGAAUAAAGCUGACGCCCAGGGGUUCAUGGAAACCAUGACGGAACUUGCACACUCAUGA